CAUCGGUUUAUGGCAGCUUGAGCAGCAGCGACAAUGAGCCACGCUGCUGCUGCUGCACUGUGUAGUGAUAAACAUGCGCGCUUUUCGACACAAAUCAAUUAGCAAUUGAAUAUUGGCGAACUGAAAGACGCAAAGACGGCGCAAAUGUCCGACGGCCAAAUGACAAAUCAACUGAAUGUGCAACAGCAGGAACAGCAUCCGCUGCUGUCAGCCAUCUCCGGAAAUAAUUAUGCUCAAACGCAGCGUGUGCAUUACUAUCCCAACCACUACAGCCCGAGUCACUACUUGCCGGGCCAUUACCACCAAGGACACCAAGGAUACCAGGGAUACCCAGGAUACCCAGGAUACCAGGGGCAGCAGGGACGACCAGCGCUCCUGGCGGCCGCCAGCAGCCACAACGGUGCUUAUGCGGCCACGGCGGCUGGCAGCGGACACUCCGGCUACGGCGGCAUCGAGCCAUCCGUGGAGUACGAGUUGGACCAUGACCCCACCUCCUUCCAUCCCAGCAGUGCGGGCAGUGGGCCCGCAUAUCCAUCUGCCCACCAUUCGCCACCGCAACCACCACCACCACCACCGCCGCCUCCGUCCACCAAAUCGUCAAAGAAAUCGAAGAAGAGCAACGGCUCGGUGAUGAACGCACUGACGCUGCUCUCGUUCUUCUUCUUUGUGAACAUGCUGCAGAACUGCCUGAAGGAUCACAUGGCGGACAUGAAUCCCACCGUGAUGGUGCUCACAGCCAGCGGCACUCGCAACCGUUUCAACAAAUUAGCCGAGAUGAAUUCACGCGAACAAACCUCCUCCACCACGGCCACCGAAUCGGUAACAGCAGCGUCAGCGGCAGCGGCAUCAUCUUGGAAUCAUCAGGCUGCAGCGGCGGCUGCUUUAGUUCCGGCCGUGGAGCCCAGUCCAUUGCCGCCCUCCAUUGUUACGCCCACGGUGGUGCUGCAAUCGCCAUACGGCGGUCACACGGAGAUGGCCAAUAAUAAGAGAAAACCACCACACCAUCGCCAGCCAACGGAGUACCAGUCGCAUCCCCCCGAUUAUCGGCCCCAUGAUGAUGAUGUUUAUAAUUACCAUGGGCAGCACAGACCACCGCCUCAGACCUUCUCCACCAGCGCCAAUGAUGCCGAUUUCUAUCCUAAUCGCACACACAUCGACCACUCAUCCCGGCCCGACUUUGAAUCGGACUCCAACUCCAACUCCAACUGGAACUCAAACUCGAACUCGGACGCGGGCGGCGAUUACUAUCAGCACCACUACAACCCGUAUGCCGGUAUGGCGGCGACCAGCCACCAGAGGCAUCCUUGGUCUUAUGGCAGGCAGCGUUACUCAUCCGCACCGUGGUCUUCAGCUUCGUUGGGCGCUCAGUCGGGCGUGAGCUCUUACUUGGAUAAUGCCCAGCGCCGGCAAGGUGAUGAUGAUGACGAUGCUCAUGGUUAUGGCGAUGGCAAUGGCAAUGGCAAUGGCUAUAGCUAUGGCCACAGGGAUACGAAUACGAAUAGGAAUAGGAAUAGGAAUGGGAAUGGGAAUGGGGAUGGGUAUAGGGAUGGGAAUGCAGAUGAGGAUGAUGAUGAUGAGGAUGGUCAGCAGCGGCGACGCAGCGAUGCUUUCUAUACUCGCACACGCAUUAAUUGA